UUGAACACAUUGUCGGAGUGGAUUUCAUAGACAGUUCCGGUCUGAAUUUUGAAGAGAAUACACGCGAAGAUGCUGUCGACACAUCACUUGGCCGUAAUCAUGGCUGUGCUUUUUUGUUAUCUGCAAUUCCAGGCUACGGUAGUAGCCAGAACAUUUACGCCCGCUCGCACCCACCAAGGGCGAUAUAAUCACUCGACCGGAUAUAAUCAACAUGGAAACAAAAACUAUACCCGCGCUGUAGCAUCGCCCAAUUGGAUUGUGCCAGCGAAUCACCAACCCGCUUACCAGGCUCCCGGAUUUUCAGCACCUCCUCAGAAUCACCAACCCGCUUACCAGGCUCCCGGAUAUUCAGCACCCCACCAGAAUCGAACUCAGGGCUUUUACGGAGUCCCAGCUCAAACUGCAUCUGUGCCAAGUGGUUGGGUGGUAGGCAGCAGUAAUCAGCAGCAGCCAGGAGGAAUCCUUCCAUCUGGUUGGUUCCAAGGAAACCCAUCCCAACCUCAGGGUCAGAUCGGCACACCAGCACAGGUCUUUGGCAAAGGCAAUGCGACCGUUUAUCCAGCCUACAAUCAAACAGUAGCCCAUGGCAAGCCCUACUCCAGUCCUUAUGGAAACCUUUCUAUCUAAAAUAUUUGGUUUCUUUUUCCCAAUUUGCAAUAAAAAAUCAACUUGAUUUCAUUUUUUCAAAAAACAA